GCAUUGAGCCAGGCAACACAUGUGCUGUCGGGAGAAGCCGGCUGCGUGACCAGCUUUUACACUAUUGAUCCCUGGCUCUGCCAGCCAGCAGCCCCAAGGAUGCACAGGGUAAGAAAGUACUUCCGUGGCAGUGGCAGAGCCCUGGCAUUUAUAUUUGUCGCCUCCAUCAUCUGGUUGAUCUUUGACAUGGCAGCUCUGAGGUUCUCCUUCAAUGACAUAAACAGCAAGCUGCAAAGAGAUAAACUUUUCAAAAGAGGGCAGGAGAACUGGAAGCCCCCGGGAAGGGGCAAUGGUGGCCAGCGCUGGGGUGAAGAUACCACCAAGCUUAGAGGGAUCUUCCACCCUUUUGGGGAUGAACUGGGUAAGGCAGUGAAUGCUGACCCCAAAGCUGUGUUCAGGCAGAGGAAAAGGACUAUUAAGCCUAUGGCCGUGAACAAAACGAUCGCUUCGAUGGGCGUACCUGGAACCAAGUUGUUCACCCUGGAACGGGAGAAAGGUAACAAGUUACAGGCAGCGAAUGUCACGCAAGAGCUGGAAGCAAAAGCUCAUUUGUCAAAAGCUCCAGCAAAUGAGAUUUUUAAAAACAAGCUCAAUGCAGCAGGUUCUGUUGUAAGGGGGGAGGAGGUACACAAUGUGAACAAACCUAUAGAAGCAGUGCAGGUCAAAGUUACCAGGAAGGUCGGUGAUGCAGUAGAUUCUAAAAUAUUAGAUGCAGGGGCCUCUAGAGAUGGUGUGGGUGGCAGGGAUGCAUCGGAGGGCAAAGAUGGUGGGGCAAAGGGUGUAGAAGCUUCUAAAGAUGCUGUGAAAUCCAAGGAUGAUGGGACCUUUAAGGUUCAUGUUGAGGUCAAGGGUGCAAAAGCCCCUAAAGAAGCAGGGGAACCCAUGGACUCUAAACAUGGUGUGGAAUCCAAGAAUGCAGUAGAGGCCAAAGAUGCAAGGGCUCCUGAACAUGCUGUGGUGGGCAAAGAUGUAGGGGACCCUAAGGGAGAUGUCAAAGCCUCCAAAGAUGCUGUGAAAGUCAAGGAUGUAGGUGCUGCUAAGGGUAUAGAAGCCAAAGAUACAGAGGUCUCUAUGGUUGUAGUAAAGGACAAGGAUGUAGUGAAGGGCAAGGGUGCAGAGGUAAUAGUAAAGGACAAUAAUGUACUAGACUCUAAAAUUGCAGAAGAUGGCAAGGCUGUAAAAGACUCAAAAGACAAAAUGGAGUUCAGAGGUCCACCUUCUGCUACUUUAAAACUGGACAGAUUGAAAGAACAACGUCAUGAUAAAUCCCCAAAAGAAACUGUUAUUGCAGCGAAGAAGUUAAAUGGCAACAAUGAUGGACCUAAUGCGUUACCCUGGAACAAUGCAUCAGCCGUCAUUAUAAAUAAAGCUGGAGCAGUCAUUAGUAACUUAUUUGUCAAUGCAAAUGAGCCCCAAGCCGCUAAAAAGUUAAACCUUUCGGAGGGCGCCAUACAGCCAGCUACGCCCAAGACGCGUAUCGAUGUAAAAAACUCUACGUCUGGUUUCAAAGGAGGGCUUUUAGGACAAUCAGAAAACGAGGACGUAAAAGGAACCUUGACGAAGAAUAUUACACAAAAGCCGGCCAAGGUCAAUAUUAGUUCUUCCAUUAAUGCUGAUGUGGAAAAUAAACAGUUAAUCCACCACGAUAAAGCGAACAGAGUACCAGGAACUGGGGUGCACAAAGUUCGAACACUGGAUGUAACUGUGUGGCCAAGAGACGCCAACGCUCCCGGCCAGUUUGGGAGGCCUCUGGCUGUUCCUAAAGACAAGGAGCAAGAGGCAAGCAAGCGGUGGAAGGAAGGGAACUUUAACGUCUAUCUGAGUGACAUCAUCCCUCUGGAUCGAGCCAUCGAGGACAGCAGGCCAAAAGGGUGUUCCAACCAGCUUGUCCAUGACGAUCUUCCCAACACAAGCAUCAUCAUCUGUUUUGUGGACGAGGUGUGGUCCACACUUCUCCGCUCAGUUUUCAGCGCUUUGAACCGGUCACCUCCCGAACUUAUCAAAGAAAUCAUUCUAGUGGAUGACUGCAGCACAAAAGCUUACCUCAAAGAAAACCUGGACGAGUACAUGAAGCAAUAUCCCAAGGUGCGGAUUCUCCAUUUAAAGGAAAGGCAAGGAUUAAUUCGAGCCAGAAUUGCUGGAGCAAAUAUCGCUACAGGGGAUGUUUUGACUUUCCUUGACUCCCACGUCGAGUGUAAUGUGGGAUGGCUGGAGCCUCUCCUGGAACAGGUUCGAGUAAACAGCAGGAAAGUAGCUUGCCCAGUAAUUGAAGUGAUUAGCGAUAAGGACAUGAGCUACAUGACCGUGGACAAUUUCCAGCGGGGUGUCUUUUCAUGGCCGAUGAACUUUGGCUGGAAACCGGUCCCUACCGAGGACAUUCAGAAGAACAAAAUAACAGACAUGGACCCAAUAAAGUGUCCAGUUAUGGCUGGAGGAUUGUUUUCCAUUGAUAGGAAAUAUUUCUAUGAGCUUGGUACCUACGACCCAGGGCUGGAUGUCUGGGGAGGAGAAAAUAUGGAAAUCUCAUUUAAGAUCUGGAUGUGUGGUGGAGAGAUUGAGAUCAUCCCAUGUUCCAGAGUGGGCCACAUCUUCAGGAACGACAACCCAUACUCGUUCCCCAAGGACCGGGUAAAAACAGUAGAGAGGAACCUGGCUCGUGUGGCUGAAGUCUGGUUGGAUGACUACAAGGAGAUUUUUUAUGGUCAUGGAUAUCACCUCCUACAAGAAAUUUCCAAAAUCGGGGACCUGACCCAGCAAAAAGAACUUAGGAAGAAGCUGCAGUGCAAAAGCUUUAAGUGGUACCUAGAUAACGUCUUUCCAGACCUGGAUGCUCCCCUGGUCAGGGCUUCUGGAGUGAUAGCAAACAUCGGCCUGGGCAAAUGCCUUUCUUUACAAAACUCUACUGUAACCCUUGAAGACUGUGAUGCCAGUAAAAUGAACCAGCAGUUUAACUUCACUUGGCUGAGACUCAUUAAACAGAGGGAUCUGUGCAUCGCCCCUGGGGACAAAGAUAAAUUGGCUUUGCAACAAUGUGACAAUCUAAACAAUAAACUCCGGUGGUUACACAAAUCCCUGACAGCGUUCCAGCCAUCGCUGGAAUCCCACCUUGUUUUGGAAAGCAUACCACGGCCAACGUGUCUAGAGGCGGACCCUUCACACAAGACGUUAAAGACAAACUCCUGCAAUCCGGCUAAUAAGCUUCAAAAGUGGCAGUUUGAGCAAUACUUAGUGCCAUGAAGACACCGCUGAUACAGACUUAGAUCUAUUGUUAUAGCGCAGUUAGUGAGACCUGGACCAUACACUGUGACCUUAUUCCAUGGACAGAACACGGACCGACUGGAAAUGGGACUUCGGGAGGCCUGUAGUUCGCCUCCUUGCAAGUUUGCUGAAAAUAUUUUUUUUAUGAUUAGGGUUACUGGGGCAUACUGAUUUUUAAAGGGAAAAACUCCAGUUUUGUGAACAUUUGAUAUAGUAUAACUGCUACAAAACUAUUUUUUGUAGUUUAAUAUGAUUUGAAAUGACCUUUCUUUUUCU